AUGAGCUUCCUCGAGACUUACUGUCCAUACUUCUGUAUGAUUCUGUGCCAGUUGGCUUAUGGUGUCAUGAACAUUCUUACAAAGAUUGCCAUGCAACAGGGGCUCAGCCACCAUGUGUUUGUCGCAUAUCGCCAUCUCCUCGCCUCGGCCAUAUCCGUUCCUGUUGCUUAUGUUCUUGAAAGGAAGCAAAGACGGCCUCUUUCAUUAUUGAUCCUUGUGAAGAUAUUCUUUCUUGCGCUAGUCGGGAUUACAAUACAACAAAAUAUAUUCUUUGCUGGACUUGCACAUACUUCUCCAACAGUGUCUGGUGCUUUGAGCAGUGUAAUUCCAGCUUUCACUUUCAUCCUGGCAGUGCUACUAAGAAUGGAGAAAGUGAGGAUUACAAGUGCAAAGGGGAGGGUUAAAAUCUUGGGGACAUUGGUGUGUGUAAGUGGAGCUUUGGUAUUCACCUUUUGGAAAGGGCAUCUGUUGAAGGGUUUUGUUAGGAGGCCCUUGAUUGCAAUCCGUGGUAGCCAUUUUGACAAUUGGGAGGCGGUUAAUGAGGAUUGGGUCAAAGGUUCACUUGUAAUCCUGACCAGCCAAAUUAUCUACUGUGCUUGGAUUGUUUUUCAGGGGUUAAUUUUUGAGGAAUACCCAGCAAGAUUGUCAUUGAACGCCUUGAUUUGCUGCUUUACAAGCUUGCAAUCUUCAGUGGAGGCUCUCAUAUUUGAAAAAAACAAAUCUUCUUGGCAACUGGGUUGGAACAUACAACUCGUCGCUGUUGUCUACACUGGGAUUGCAAUAUCUUUCCUAGCUUAUAACCUCCAAGCAUAUUGCAUAAAUGAGAAGGGACCUCUCUUUUCCGCCAUUUUCUUCCCUCUGCUCCUUGUCACCACGGCCGUCUCUUCAGUAAUACUUUAUGCCGAAAGACUACAUUUGGGAAGUGCGAUUGGGGCUAUUAUCAUAAUCAUAGGCCUUUACUUUGUACUAUGGGGUAAAACUGAAGAUGACGUAGAUAAAAGGAAGAAAGAAAAUACAUAUUCAGCAAAGGAGAUACAGGCAACAACUCAAAAUUCUACAUCAAGCAAUUGUGUCAAUCAUGUUUAG